CCUUUGGUUCACAUGGUGUUACGAUGUACAGUUUGAUAAAUCGUGCAAAUUUUUCCUAUCUUAUUUAAGAUCUAGGGGUUAAUGUAGUGAAAAGUGUAGCGUGUAUAUAAUAUUUUGUUAAAUGUCGUGACAGUGACUAAAAAUGCAGUUUUACAAGGAAAGGAUUCUCAACGCUGCCCAGUUAAAAAGACUCAGUGAACACAAAUAUUCGUGUACAAGUGCUAGUAUAUUAGACGUUUGGCUUCAGCCCUGGUGGUGCUGGUUGGUCUCGAAGACGCCCUUGUGGCUAGCACCGAAUCUCAUUACCAUUUUAGGUUUGAUAGUCAAUAUAGUAACCACACUUAUUUUGAUUUGGUAUAGUCCGGAUGCGAGGCAAGAACCACCACGAUGGGCGUGCGCUCUCUGCGCGCUUGGAGUCUUCAUAUAUCAGAGCUUGGAUGCCAUAGAUGGUAAGCAGGCAAGGCGUACUGGCAGCCAGUCGCCCCUGGGAGAGCUCUUCGACCAUGGCUGUGACAGUAUAUCAACUGUCUUCAUAGCCCUUGGUGCGUGUAUAGCUGUGAAGCUUGGAGAGUAUCCGACUUGGAUGUUUUUUCAGUGUUUCUGUGCAAUGACGUUGUUCUAUUGCGCUCAUUGGCAAGCAUAUGUCACGGGUACCCUUAAAAUGGGACGUAUUGACGUCACGGAGGCGCAGUACGCCAUCAUCGGAAUACACCUUAUAUCCGCCGUACUGGGUUCCGAUGCUUGGGCCACUAAGUUCCCGCCUUUCAACAUCAGUUUGAACCUGAUGUCCAAUUACGCAGUUGUGCUGAUGUCGGCUACCUUAAUAUUCGGCUACAUUAAAGUCAUUAUGAAGGGUGGAGUUGGGAAAAACGGCUCCACGGUUGCAGGUACAAGCAUCUUAUCACCAGUGAUCCCGUUCUCGCUGGUGGUUGUGCCGGCGUUCAUCAUAUUUCAGAAGAGCGAGUCUCACGUGUAUGAGAAUCAUCCCGCCCUUUAUAUACUCGCAUUUGGAAUGGUAGCUGCUAAAGUUACAAAUAGACUUGUGGUAGCUCACAUGACUAAGAGCGAGAUGGAGUACUAUGACUGGUCGCUGCUUGGUCCAGCCAUGCUAUUCCUAAACCAGUACUUCAAUAACGCGAUACCAGAGUACUACGUACUUUGGCUUUGUACAAUAUGGGUGGUUGCGAAUUUAAUGAGAUAUUGCGGACAGAUAUGUCUCGAGAUAUGCGAUCAUCUCAAAAUCCAUCUGUUCCGCAUCACCUACCCCCCCGUGCCGCUCAGCAUGCCGACGUCGCCCAAACACGCUGAACGAAACGAUCGCUUUUGGGGAUACAAUUGUUACGAAAUAUAAAUAGAAAGAGAUAGGCCGUAAGUUGCGUGUUCAUUACUUACCAUCAAUAUCACUUUUCGUAGUACUUGUUUACUGUGAAAAAAGCGGUGCGCGUUUGCGAAUGAAUGAAAAUUUUAAUCAUCAGUGACUGAUUUCGUACUCGAAUAUAAAUUUAAUUAUCAACUUUUACAGCAAUCGAAUAAAAAGUUAUUUGUAUAAAUUGUUAUCGCAAAACGUUAAUACACAACUCUAACUGGUUUGACAUAUUAAUUGUAUUCGUUGUCGAUUGAUCGCGUUGAUUGUAUUUUAAUAAAAAACACCGCAUUACUUAUAUUGCUAUAUAAAAUGAUAGUAAUUCAAAUAAAUUUAACAAUAUAAUAUUGGAAUUUGAAUUCGCAUUCGCAUAUCAUUCAAAGAGACUAAUUUUUUUAUGGAUUGACACUUUUGAAGCUAAUGUACAAAAAACAGCUAAAUAUCAAUCAAUCGAGCGAAACUACAUAUUUUACAACUUGGCUCACCCACUGUUGUACACCCAUUAUGUGUGUGUAUAUUAUAUGUGCACAAACUUUAUAUCAGAACCGUGAAGUACGAAACUUAAGUCAUAUUUUUCUAAUCUAUACAUAACUUAUUGCGGAAUUAGAUGCAGUAGAUAGCACUGUCUGUUAAAUACUUUUAAAUCCAGUAACUAAAGUACCGCGAAAAAUGACUACCAUUUGCUCUCCUUUGAAAAAUAAUAAGACUUAAUAUCUUGCCCGGAUUACUGAUGUAUAAAACUUCUAGAAAGUUUAGAUUUUGUAGAAAAAAAAAAUACUCCAUUUCUGUUAACAUAUGCACGAAAAUAACUCAUUUAUUUAUUACACGAAAUAUUUAAGCUAAACAUUACUGACACUAAUUGCUAUUUCAUUAUCAACCAUAUUUUAAAAGUGAUUAGGUUGAGAAUGGACUGCAUAAUUAAAAAACGGUGUUGGCCCUGCUAUAUUAUUUCAAUGUAUUGUAUGUAUAUAAAAUAUAAAGUAAAUGCUAAAAUGCUUGCGGAUAAAUUAAGUAUGUACUAUAGUAUGGUAUGACAACUACAAUAGUCGAAAGAAUUGGAAAUGUUACUUGUAAUAGAUGAUAAUGACUUGAAUUUUAAAUUAAAAAUUUGAACUUAAUACUCGAGGGGAACUUAAACAUUUUCAAUACUUGUAACCAAAAAAAAAGCACAUUAAAUAGUACAUCACUAGUUUUGUAUGGCUAUCUAUGACUUUGCUGUAAUCGUAUAUCAAAUAUUAUUAAAAACUAUGUCAAUUUGUUAUUAUAUAUUGUUGAAGUAGUAAGUUAUAGCACAUUAGACGAUGAAUUAUUGUUAGAGGAAUACAUUUUUAAAUUGUAUAAGUUAAAAAUUCCCUGUUACAGUUAUUUAGGAUUUAGCGCUUGCAUGUGUGCAGGUGGUGUAUAUAUGUGUUAAUACAAGUUACAAGCAACCACUGUAUAAUACUGUCAAGUGUAAUUUUAUGUGAAAUAUAAGCAAAUGUACAUUUUCAA